AUGUUCAGCCAAAGAACGAGCGCCCAAAAGCCCGAUGACGAGCUGCUCGCCAACUUUCGCCAGCAGUUCCCCCAAAUAGGCGCCACUACCGAGGGGGGCUCACCAGGCAUUUCUCAGACCGCUGGCGCCCCAGAUUUAACCACAACCGCCCCCCCAGCCCCCAGUAUCCGCCCAGAGUUCCAUGACCAGGACCCGACACCCAGAGCGAACAACGAUCCCUGGCGCUUCACGCCUUCGCUGCUGGACCCCAACUCGUUUGCCUUUACCGCCUUUGGUCACGGCAACACCGGGUUGUUCACCCCAGGCAUACAUGGGCCACCGCCUUUGUAUCAAUCCCAGGCCGGCGACCUGCACACACCGACCAUGGCCAUGCUCCAGGGCGUCACAACGCCUUUUGGCGCGCCGGCAUCUCUGGAGGCCAUGCAGUCCGGCGCCGUCAUGGAUCCAUCGGCUUUUCAUCCUGUGCCCAACCAGCAGAUCAACCAGCAGAUCCCUCCAUUCCAACCAUAUCUCCAAGUCCCCGGUCAGCACUUUGCGCCAGCAAAUUUUGUCCAACACGACACUGGCUACGAAACCAUGGAACAAGAUCCCUCACCGAUGGGCUCCGAAGAACCCGACCACCGCUUAAUCGGCUUAAAGAGUCAACUGGCCAUCAACGCUGCCGCCAUGAAUCUUCCUCUGCCGCCGUCCGCCGAAAAGUUCCGAUUUCAUUCGACCCUCAACGCUGCUACGGCCAUGGUGAAGCAGGCUGACGAAAUUCCCAUUACUUAUUUAAACAAAGGACAGGCCUAUUCUCUCUUAGUUGCCGAUACACAAGGUGCUGUGCCAGUUCGUCCCGGAACUCGAUAUCGAACUUUUGUCCGCGUUUCGUUUGAAGACGAGGAGCAGCGCUCCAAGCCCAGCGUAUGCUGGGGCCUGUGGAAGGAAGGGCGAGGCACCAAUGAAGCUCAUCAGCGCGGUGGCAAGCUUCAGGCAGUUGAAUACGUCGAAGCUAGCCAGCCUGCUGAAGGCGACGAGAAGAGAACCCGCAUCGAAGUCGAAUCCUCAUCCUUUGACGGAUUCUGCGUCACCUGGACGCCGGGAACCGCUGGUGCUCCCGAAGUCAACAUUGCGGUCCGAUUCAACUUUUUGUCCACCGAUUUUAGUCACUCCAAGGGUGUCAAGGGUAUUCCUGUACGGCUUUGCGCCAAGACUACCCAGCUGUCGGCAGGAGACGGCGUCGACAUUAGCAGCGACAUAAAGCCCGACGUCUGCUACUGCAAGGUCAAGCUAUUUCGAGAUCACGGUGCCGAGCGCAAGCUUUCGAAUGAUGUGGCCCACAUCAAGAAGUCGAUUGAAAAGUUGAAGCAACAGAUUGCGCAGGCUGAGAGCGGCGUCAAGGACAGCAAGAGAAAGCGACAGAGCAUUGCUUCCAAGGCCAGUGUCGAUUCACGUUCCGGCAAGGUGCAGAAACACAAGCGGACAUGGUCGAUGUCGUCGACCAGCUCUAACAACGGAGGUCGGCCCUCGCUCGAAGACGACUUGCACUUUCGACUACAAACGCUCCAAGACAUGUUUACCAGCACUCGUCCGAUUAGUGUCCUGUUCUUGCGUGGUGAAGAUGCGGAUGACAUGGAUCUUCAUCCUGUUUCCAUGCCAGGUGACACGUCUCCCGCUCCUCGCGAGGGACGCAAUUGGCAAGCGCGCAGCGGACGCAGCUCUGUUCGAAGCUCUCUGGUGUCGCCUUCGCCCAGCUCACUAUCCCUGGCAUCGCAGUCGUCGACGGGCGGGCACUGGCAGAAUUUUGAUUCUCGCGGUCCCGAGCAAGUCACGACAGUGAACCGAACAGAUGAUUCGGGUACACUGAGCGGGUGGAUUGAAGCGCUGGGCGUGGACCCUACGUAUAGGCCACCACCAGAGCGCGGGCCCAAGCCUGUGGCGUGCUUGUACGUGCAGUACGAUGACAAGAAGACGGAGAGGCGCGAGUAUCACCGUGCAGUCUACCUGUAUCAGCGGUCGCUGCCUGAGCUGAACAAGCAGCUUGCGGCCAAGUUUGGUCUGGAGGAGAGUCGAAUCCGGCGGAUACUUCACUGGCUCCCAAGCGGGCUGGAAGUGGAGCUGGACAACGACGUUGUGCAAGAGCUUCGCGAAGGGCAAGACAUGCGACUGGAGGUGGAGGAGAUUGUCGACCAGCAGGGCAAGGAAUUCCAGAUGUCGGUUGACGGCGAAGAAAAUGAGGACAAGCAGGCGCAGCAACUAGUGGGGCUGAUUCUACGCCUUACAUUUUGA